AUGAAACCCCACGUUUGCGAUUACAUUGGCUGUGGGAAGAGCUUCUCCCGCGGGGAGCAUUUACGAAGACACGCGCUCAACCACGAACAACCGCGAAACGGAUUCACUUGCCAACGAUGCUCGGUUCACUUCCAGCGCCCAGACCUCUUAGCCCGACACAUGGUACGCCAUGACAAACGGGACGAAGAAUCAGGAGGUCCAGGAAUGGGCGUUUUAAAAACGCGGAAAAGAACGCGCCGAGCUCGUGAUGGGACUAUUAUUGUUCGACCGUCACAGCGAGAGAUUCGAUCGGCAGCACGUUCAACAAUAUCAUGUUCUAGCUCUGAUCAAGGCCCAAUUGGAGAAGACGAGGCGCCCAUAUCGCCACCAAUUUCGGGCACAGAUCCGAGCUCACUAUCAAUCGACGAAAAUGAUCCAUUCUUAGCGCCUAUGAUGACAGGAGGUCCUUUUGAGCCGUACGUUGAGCCGGUCCCUGGUCAGUUUGAUGCUGCUGAUGGCUCCUUCAACGUUGGCCAAAAUGAAAUGGGUGAUUUCUUUGGCAUGGACACCGCGACCGAUUUUAAUCUCCCAUUCGCAGCGACUUGUAACUACAAUUGGCUGUUUGAUGUCGCGUCCCUGGAUGAUGCAUUCCACCACGUCAACUUUCCCCUUGGAUUCGACGCUGAACCUUUUCCAGAUAUGCUGAGCGACGGGUAUAGCCAGGGGGUGAACAAAUAUGAUGGCCCAUCGGCGCUACUAGAGGUAGCGCAAAUGAUAAACAAGGGCCAGACGCCACAGGAGACAAUGUCUUCAGUGACACCAGACCUACUAGAGAUGGACUGGAUGUCUGGAUCUUCCUUUUUUGGGUCAAAUCCACCACCACGUCUACCGCGUCUCUCCGAGAUCUCCCGUCGAGGAAUAAUCUCUGUUGUUGCGCAAGCAUCACCCAUGGGAAUCGAUGGUCAACCAAUGACUUUGGACUCGCCACUUCUUACUUUGGGUGCCCUACAAGGCUAUUGCGAUCUUUUCUUUACUCGUUUCAAUGUCACAUAUCCACUUAUUCAUGAGGCGACCUUCAAUCCAGACCUCAUUGACCCAGUCUUCCUUGCGGCUGUUCUGUUCAUGGGCGCUACUUAUAGCACUCGCGAAGCCCACCAGCUGGCUGUCGGAAUACAUGACAAGCUUCGAAACCAACUCUUGUGUCAUCAAGAUUUCUCCCCGCAGCCCGAUCUUUGGGUUCUACAGACGAUGCUCUUGAUUGACUGCUUUGGUAAAAUGAGAGCCGGUCCCAAACAGCGGGAACGGGCCCAGCUAUUUCACUGUGUUCUCAUCAAGCUUAUACGCCGUAGCAAUUCCUGCAGUAUCCAAGACUCAUCGCAUCUGGCUCGAUCGGAGGAUUUGGAGCAGGCAUGGCGGCAAGCCAUGGAUGAGGAGCAGCGGAAGCGUCUAGCUAUGCAUUGUUUCAUGUGGGACACUCAGCACGCCGUUUUGUUUUCUCAAUCACUCUGCAUGUCUGCGUUCGAACUCAGGUCAUGUCUACCUUGUAGUGCUAUAGCAUGGGAAGCCGCAACUGCUCGGGAAUGGGCACGUACGGCUAUUCGCGAGACAAACAGGUCCUUCCUGGCGGUUCUCAAGAGUUACAUCACCCCUGGCGCUGUCUCUCGACCUCGAGAUCUCAAUGUGUUUGCCCGCACAAUCAUUCUUCAUGGUCUAAUGUCUGUCUCUGCCGAUUUGAAGCGUCGUGAUCAAACCACUCUGCGGUCAGAGACACCUGAAAAAGUUGGAGCUUGGACCCCUCGGAUGAGUCGAUCGUACGAUUUGUGGAAAGUUGAUUUUGACGCGGAUUGUCUCGCUAUGAAGCUGGCUCAAACGGCAGAUCACAGACACUUUACGGGGCUCAAAAUGGCUGCGCACGCUCUUUAUCACGCGGCUUGUCUGGCAUUGAAUGUGGAAGUUCUGGACCUACAAAUUGUCGCCGGAGCCCAUCAGAUUCUGAGUCGAACGGUCACUCCCGCAGACCAAUCUAGGUCGCAACGAAAUAUCCUCCGCUGGCUUCAUGAAGACUCGGCUUCGUCUUCAGUCGCCGCUAGACAUGCAUCUCAUCUAUUGCAGGAUGCAGUUUUGAGUCUCCAUGACUGGGACCAAACAGAUGCUUUUCACUUCCCAUGGUGUUUGUACCUGGCAACAUUGACGUGCUGGGUAUUCCAUCGUGGCAUCGAACUUUCCUCAUCGGAGGGUAGAAUCGCUGCAGAUCUUUCAUCACUCAUAGUAAUGGUUACAAACUGUCCCAGUACUACAGAGCUUGCUGCAUUGUCUGGGAAAUAUGACCCCAAGCCUCUGGCAGCAGCAAUGGCUGCUCAGUUAGCGACCGUUCGCUGGGCUGUCGUGCAUGACGCAAUGAAGGUACUCGUCGCCUUGUCCUAG